GACAUGUGCGUGCGCGCGCGAGCGCGCGGGCUUCAGAUAAACCGCACGAGCUCGACACCUCCACACGCUCGCGAGAACGAAACCAGAAAACAUGAACUUCACGUUUGCUCUCUUAGCAGGUCUGAUGAUAAGUGUAGGAUGGGCUGCAAGCCUCUCAAGGACGAAAGAAAAAAAUUCAUCAUGGACUUCCACUGUCAUCUCAUCUACAACCUCUACCUCCACAAAAGUGCCCACUACAACUAUCGCUGCAAUUACAACUUUACCUUCCAGCUUCACUUUAACCACAGCUGAUCCAGCAACUAUCACUGUUACCAGCACCACUAACAUCACCACUGUUGGAUCAAAUAUGACGGAAACUUUAAGUACAACCACAUCACCAGAAAUGUCCACUAAUACAACUGAACAUGUGGCCACCAACAGCACCAUAACUGCCACCAACAGCAGCAUCACCACCAUCACUGCCACAGAUGUUAGUACCACUAUGCUCUCCCCCACUGCCAGCGGCACCAGCAGCUCCACUGACGUAACAUCCACUCUGCCAACUUCAAGGCCUUUCUCUUCCUCAACAUCUAAUCAUUCAACCACAACAAAUGCAAGUUCUAGUUCAACAUCCAUCACAUCAUCGGUGACAUAUACCUCGUCUUCCGCUUCAACUACUCCACGAACAACACUAUCAACAGUAAAGACAACAUCCUCCACGGUGCCAUCCAGUACAUCAAAGGUCUCAAUCUCUGCCGGUCCUGUCAAGGCACUGAGUUCAGUGGGCAUCGCCGCCAUCGCCAUUGGGUUCAUAGUUCUGGUGCUAUUAUUACUGGGAGUAAUGUAUUACUUCAGAAUUAAGCGUCCUUCCUAUGGUCGUCUACUGGAUGACACAGAACGAAGCACAGUGGGAAAUUUCUUCAACCCUAUGUUUGAUGGCUAAGUGCCACUUAAGAACAUGGAUCCACUUCAGACGGCCGGAUUUGGAUGAUCAGAACCCGGCAUGGACGAGUAGACUGUAACUAUUGUAAUGAACAUCGUACGCCCUUUCAGUGAACUUGUGAUCUAACCUGAACAAGUUACAUAGGUGUGUAAAACUGGAAAUGUGAAGUUCUUAUAAAUAAGUGAUUUUAUUUGACAGACGAUCAAAGAUGUGCACUUACUGUUGUUGAGGUAUUAGAUAUUAAAUGGUGAAUACAAUAGAUGCGUCAGUUCAGUAAAAUGAAGUGUUCAGUUUUUGUUAUAACAUUAAUAUUAAACAAUUUGAAAAGUUUAGACAUUUACAAACUUGUAGUGCACCUGUAGAGGCUUUUGAAUAAUUACGUUAAUUUAUGUUUAUAGUCUCCCAAUUGAUAUUGGGAACUUGCAAGGAAAGUCCUUUUCACCAGUUGAAUUAUGUCCAUCUGUCCUCUUGUUCUACUUCAAUGUUUUGUAAAUGUUAAAAUUCUAUUUAAUGUCGUACCACUGUUUUGCUUUUACCAGAUCUCAGGGAGAAAAAAAAUAAAGUGAUGACUACAAAUAUGGUUGUGUGGCCAUAUUGUCCAGCUCUGAUCACUUACGUUAUCUGUCUUAAUGUUUGUAUAUCUCUAAUGUUACUUCAAAUACAUUUUCAGUACCUUUUUUCAUUAAACCUCAUUUCCUCUCA